GAGGGGAGGUCUCAGUCUCUCCCAGCAGCCUUUUGGUGGAGCCCUACAGCUCCACAAGGCAGAAAAAGCCUGGAGACCAUCAGUAAAGAGGCUGGCUGAAGGGAGCUGGGACCGGGGGGAGGAGGACCCUGAGAAAGCCAAGACACUGGAGCUGUAUGGAAAAAUGCGCAGUGUCCUAAAUAAGCUGACCCCUGAGAUGUUCCAGCACCUGGUGAAACAGGUGACUGAACUCACUAUCGACACGGAGGAGCGCCUGAGGGGAAUCGCAGCCAUCGUGUUUGAGAAGGCCGUGUCCGAGCCCAAAUUCUCCGCCAUUUAUGCCCAGCUGUGCCACUCGCUCAAGGAGAUGAACGUGCUAUCCAAUGGGAGCCCUGGAGUCACUCUAAAUUUCCGAUUGGUGCUGCUGAACCUCUGCCGGGUGGAGUUUAAGAAACUGGAUGAAGGAGCAUUGACAGAUAAAGUCAAUGGCCACUGCCAGAGGUCACUUGGCAACAUGAGGUUCAUUGGAGAACUCUUUAAAUUAGAAAUGAUGAAGGACAAAGUUGUACACAGCUGCAUCAACAACCUCCUCUCUAACCAAAGCGAGGAGGCACUUGAAUGUUUAUGCUGCCUGCUUACCACUGUUGGCCAGAACCUGGACAAUGACAAGUACCUCAUGGAUGAGUACUUCUAUCGUGUCAGGCGCAUCAUCAAGGAGGGAAGGACAUCAUCCCGGAUUCGAUUCCUUUUACAGGAUGUUCUGGACCUCAGAAAGAAUAACUGGCUCUGUUGGAAAGCUGAGCAGGGACCUAAGACUAUACAACAGGUUCGCAAGCAAGCAGAGAUGGAGAGACUGCGGGAGAGGAACAUCGUGCAGCAGUUCCAUGCUAAGAGGGACAACUGGCACCAUGGAGGCAGAGAUCUCUGGGUCCAUGAACAGCAGAACCCAGCCUGGAGCCACAGCUGCCCCCUGAAGGAGCUUCCCAAGGAGGAGGAUGUGUGGAAGCCAGCCACGAAGAGGCUGUCUGAAGUGGUCCGAGACAGGAGAGAGGAGGACCUCAAGGCAGCCAAGACCCAGGAACUGUACAGAAGCAUGCACAGUGUUCUGGAUAGGCUCGCCCCCGAGAUGUUCGGCCACCUGAUGAGACAGGUGAACAAGUUUGACAUCAACACAGAGGAGCGUCUCAGGGGCAUCGCGGCCAUCAUCUUUGAGAAAGCCAUCUCUGAGCCAAGAUUCACAACCACUUGUGCCAAGAUGUGCCACUGUCUGAGGGAGAUAAAUGCUCCACUUACUGAAAAUUCUCGAGAUUCUCUGAAUUUCCGCUUGGUGCUGCUAAAACUCUGCCGGAUGGAGUUUAAGAAGCUGGAUGAGGACCAUAAGGAAGAGGAAAAGCAGCACCAGCGGUCACUUAGCAACAUGAAGUUUAUAGGGGAACUGUUCAAACUGAAGAUGGUGAGGAAGACCGUGAUGCACAGCUGCAUCAGCAAGAUGCUCAUCAUGCAGACUGAUGUGGCACUCGAGUGCCUGUGCUGCCUGCUGUCCACUAUUGGCAACAUACUGGACUGUGAUGAGCAACACCUCAUGGAUGGAUAUAUGCAUCAAAUGGAAGCACUCAUUAACAAGAGGCAGCUCUCACCCCAAGUCUCCCUCCUACUGCAGGACAUAGUGGACCUGAGAAAGAAUUAUUGGUUCCCCCAGAAAACUGAACUGGUGGACAGGCCAAUUUGCCAAAACAGCACAGAGGUCAAAUUGGAGGAAAUGCAGGACAGGACUGAGGAACAGCAGCAGCUUGUGCUUGAGGUGGACAGCUAUGAUGUUGGGGUGCCACACCUUGCCCUGAGGCAAAGCAUUGAGCUGCAGGAUGAAGGCCAAAACACCGCCAUCAUACCUGCCAAUCACAACCCUGAGCCCUGCCAGUGCCUCUUCACCCAGGCAGGCACUAAACAGCUUGAGAAAUUAGACUUCUAUACCCAGCUUCCCAUUCCCAGACAGAAUGGCACCUGGAGGGGUCAUGGCAUGGAACAAGAGUUGGGACGCCUCUCCUCCAGCACCCUAAACCUCCUCCCCACCCUGCUGCUGUCCUCAACUUUCACCUCCAGCCUCCACAUAAUGCUUCACGGGAGCAACUGGAUCCCGGACAGUGCAGAGGUAAAACACCAGUUCAGUCUGUCAGAGAGUCUGGGCAGCAGCAGUGAUGCCUCCCAGCUGGUGGUAAAAGGACCAGAGAGACACGCCCUACAGACUCUCCCGGCUCUGCCUGCCCCUGCCAAUCCUGCUUCAGCCCUGCCCGUCACAACUAAGGAUGAGCUGCAGAAGGUGUCUGCAGCCACUGACAUGAAGAAGAUGCUGCUGUGUGUACAGCAGAGCAACAGCACCCUGCAGAUCUUGAUGGUUGAGCAGAGUUUCAUCGAGAGCGACACAACUGGCAUCGUUAUUCACCGGCUGGUGAAAGUGGGCCCCCUGCAGCCACGUGAAUUGCGACGGCUGCGGAGGAUCUUACACAGGACACAAGAGAGCCUCUUGCCCCUGACCCCACUGCUCCUGUGCACUGACAGGGAAGUGUCCGUACCCGCAGUCCCUCUGGACAGGACUGGUGUCCAGGAGGUGGAGAUCCUCUUCUUAUCAGAGAACCAAAUGAAACACGGGUUGCUGUGGGCACAGCGGGAGGAAGAACACCAUCAGAAACUCUCUUUACCUGAGGAAGAGGAUGUCAGCACAUUUGUGACUAAAAAGAAAAUGAGCUUAACAUGGCAGACAGUUGAGGCACAAGAACACCAAAGUGAGCUUCAGUGUUCAGCCAGUACCAGAGUACUGACAGUGGCUGAAGGAAAACGCAGCCCCAAUAAGCUACAACAACGCCUUAUUUCGUCUUUCAAUUUUAUAUUAUAUAUGUUUCUUUCCAUAGGUCUUUGCAUCAUCCUUAGCUUCUUUAGUAUUCUUUUUGAAUAGGCUUGUGUUAUGUUGUUUGUCCUAAUUAUUUGUAGUCUUCCACCUUUUGAAGCCUUACUUCUUAUGACAGCGAUAAAUUUAGAAUAUACUUGGUCUUCUUUUUGGAUCUUCAGGCCAUCUUUGGAACUUUUUCUGUCUGGUAUAUUUAGGUGAUGAUUCAUUUAGUCUGUGUCUGUUGAAAAUAGGGCCACGUUGUCUGAAAAUCUUAAACCACUCAGUUCUUCUCCAUCAAUUCUAAUGCCGUGGUUUGUAAGGCCUGAAUUCUUGAAGACCUUAUUUGCUGCUGUAAAUAAUUUUGGGAAUAGGGGAUCUCCCUGUCGGAUGCCUCUUGCAAUACCAAGGCUUCUUGAUCUUAAAUUACAAAUAUGUACGUUGGCAGUUGCACCUGUGUAGAUAUCUUUAAUGAUCUUUAUGUUCGUUUCACUUUUCUCAAUAAAUUUUUCACUAAAUUA